UGGGCCCCUGUACCGCCUCCUCAUGCUGCUGCCAGGCCCCGUAAUCUGCCAUGGGCCCCUGUACCGCCUCCUCAUGCUGCUGCCAGGCCUGUAAUCUGCCAUGGGCCCCUGUACCCUCCUCCUCAUGCUGCUGCCAGGUCCACAGUGUCUCAUGGGUCCCUGUACGGCCUCCCAUUGCUGCUGUCUCCAUCGCCACACUCUGCCAUGUGCCACUUUCAGGUCUCCUCACACUGCUGGUGGGUUCCAUUUUGUCAUAGGGUGCUGGCAGAUUACGGGCCGGGCCGCUGCACGGCCCGUAUUGCCAUGGGCCCUGUAACCGCCUCCUCAUGCUGCUGCCAGUAAGUCUCUCAUGGGGUCCCUGUACGGCCAUGGCUGCUGUCCCAUCGCCACACUCUGCCAUGUGCCACU